AGCAAGCUUUCUUCUAGCCGUCACAAACAAAGCUCAAGUUGUUCUUGCGACCUCUAAGCUCAUGUUCAGUUCCGUCCUUAGCUUCUCCGGGAGGCUCUGUGCGCAAACGUGUCGUAUUUUUAUCUUUAAAGCCUUCAUCACUUCUGUGCUAAUUGUAUACAUCAUUGGGGUUCAGUGUGCGCUGGUUAAAUCCGGCCUCCUCCCGCCGGCUCUGCCACCCACUCGUCACUCGGACGUUUGACUUUUUGUUUAAUUUUCAUACAGGCAGAACCCGAAAUGUCUGUUUCUUCUGUUUCUUAAUUCGCUUAACAUCAUGUUUUGUUUUUUUUUUAUUGAAAAGCUUAAAAAUCCUCAAAUCUGUUCUGUAUCCAAACCCAGCGAUUAAUUCUGCGAGCAUCGAAAACUUCUUCAACACAGAGAUCCUCCCGGAAGUGCAAGGCUUGGGUCCGGGAGCGCUUCUGGCACAGGACAGGUCCAUCCUAACUUGGCGAGCUGGGACAGCUCGCUGUCUUGAAAGUCCCGCCGUCCCUGGCCCCCGGUUCCGCAGGACAAGACCUCCGGAAUGCUGUGCUAAGAAGGCGCGCUGCGCUUGCCUGCUGUCUCUCGCCACUGCGAGUCUCCGGUGCCUCACGGAGGGACAGCAGGCCCGGGAGCAUCCCUUUGGGGCAAGUUCAGACCGCAGCGCUGCUCCACCUGCGGAAAACCGGCUUCGCGGAAGAGCCAGCUCGGGCCAGGCUUAAAGCCUCCGCAGAAGCCAGGUGGCAGGGCUCCCUCCUCUGGGGCAGUCCGUUCCGGGCUGGGCAGGUCAGAGCCGCCCAGAAAGGGUCUGGAAAGGAAAGGAUGGUUUGCUUUCUUUUUUCUUAGCAUGGAUCUGGAGCCCAUUUAAGCCGACAGUCCUGAUGAACGUGCUGGCCCGGAAUCAGGCAAAACAGACUGCACUGAACGCCAUUCUCGGGACGGAUUCCUUCUGUCCUGCUGCACUUGGGGAAGUGUAGCCCACGAUGGGGAUGGUAUCCCUGCUGCUCUGUGGGGUGUCUUUUGCGCUUCCACUUUUUGUGACAGCAGGUAAGUGUAAGGACACUGACAUGGACCAUGAGGUGAAGCCAGAGGGCCAGCCUUUCGCUUUCAACUGCACACUUGCUACAGUAACGGGUGGGGUGGUCAGCCUGAAAUGGUACCGAACACCCAACAAAAACCCAGUAUCAGACAACAGACACCUCAGAAUCCACCAGGACCAGUCCUGGAUCUUGUUUCUUCCCUUGGCACAGGGGGACUCCGGCAUUUACCAGUGUGUUAUAAGGGAUGCCCACAACUGUUACCGAAUAGCUGUAAACCUGACCGUGUUUAGAAAACCCUGGUGUGACCCUUCCACGGAGAGUCCCAUAAACUCGCCAGAUGUGUACCGACAGACAUUACCCAUAGGGAAUUCUGGCAGUCUGAAUUGUCACCUGUACUUCCCAGACAGUUGUGUGCUGGACUCGGUGAAGUGGUAUAAGGGCUGUGAAGAGAUUAAAGCAGGCAAGCGGCACGUCCCUUCAGGAACAAGGCUUUUCGUGAACAACGUUACUGCAGAGGACGGUGGGAGCUACGCAUGCUCAGCCAGACUGACACACUUGGGGAGACAGUUCACGGUCAGGAAUGACAUCGCUGUGCAAGGUGAGGAAGUUGUAUCUGGAAGAAGGAUUCCUAAUAUCACAUAUCCAAAAAACAACUCCAUUGAAGUUCAGCCUGAGGUGACCCCUAGGGCGGCGUGUGGGUCUGCUGCGGACAGCGCCUUCAGUGGGUGUCCCACCCCGGAUGCUCCAGGCUCCUUGCUCAUCGUGGACUGCAACGUAACCGACUCGAAGGGGAACACGAACCUGCGCUGCUGGAAAGUCAACGACACGCUGGUGGACCACUACUACCGCCACUCCAGACGCAUCCAGGAGGGAAUCGAAACCAACGUGUCUCUGAAGGAUGACAUUUUCUACACCGUGAACAUAACAUUCUUAGAAGUGAAAAUGGAGGACUAUGGCCGUCCUUUCACAUGCCACGCUGGAGUGUCCGCGGCCUACAUCAUGCUGAAACUCCCAGCUCCAGAUUUCCAGGCUUACCUCAUAGGAGGGCUGAUGGCUUUUCUGCUUUUGGUGGUGUCUAUUCUGUGGGUCUACAACAGUUUUAAGAUUGACAUCGUGCUGUGGUAUAGAAGCGCCUUCUCCGCUGCCCAGGCUCCGGAUGACGAGAAGCUGUACGAUGCCUAUGUCUUAUACCCCAAGUGCCCAAGAGAAAGCCAGCGCCAUGAUGUGGACACGCUGGUGUUGAAAAUCCUGCCUGAGGUGCUGGAGAAUCAGUGUGGAUAUAAGUUGUUUAUAUUUGGCAGGGACGAAUUCCCUGGACAAGCUGUGGCCAACGUCGUUGACGAAAACGUCAGCCUGUGCAGGAGGCUGAUCGUCCUCGUGGCGCCCGGCGACGGCUUUCUGAAGACCCUGUCCGAAGAACAAAUCGCGGUCUACAAUGCCCUCAUCCAGGACGGCAUGAAGGUGGUUCUGAUCGAGCUGGGGAAAAUUCGGGACUACAGCACCAUGCCCGAGUCCAUUCAGUAUGUGCGGCAGAGGCAUGGGGCUGUCCAGUGGGACGGGGACUGCAGCGAGCGCUCGCAGUGUGCCGGGAACAAGUUCUGGAAGAGCGUGAGGUACCGCAUGCCACCCAGGAGGUACCCGCCACCGCCUUCCUCGGUCGAACUGCUGAGGCACGCGCCCUGCGGCUGCACGGCAGGCAGAUGGGACUCUGCCAGUGUUCUGACCGCUCGCUGACAGGGUGGCUAGCCUGUGGCGGCUCACUCCUGCCCCCCGCCUGACGUCUGCCCUCCGGACUGCUCUGUGCGCUACUGGUGAGCGCCUUCUUCUUGUCCUUGCCAUGGGUUGUUGUUUGUUUUGGUUUUGGAUGCUCUUCAGCCUAGCUCAUGCUUUAUUACCCCUGCUUGCUUCAUGGUGCCUGAGUACCCGAACACUCUCCUGAGCGAGGGGCAGCUGAGAUCUGGACCUCUGUGCCAGUGGGGUACAGAACAAGGUCAGCGUGACAGAGCUGGUGGCCAGGACUCUUGCUGCAUGUCUGAGAUGGGAGGCUGGGCAGUCUGGGGAUGCCUGUGGGCAGCCUCGGGGAGGCCAGGAAGGACAGGAGCACACUGCCUGGGCCUCUCCACUGUCCAGGCUCUGGCCCUCAGGCAGUGUAGACUGCGUUUGAAUCUCCUUCAUGCUCCUGCAGCAGACAGAGAACUAACCAUGGUACUAGCGUGAUGCCCCUGGAAGCCAUUUAGAUGCCAGCCAGACUCCAAGCUUUAAAGGAUAAUCUGUCAAAACAAACUAAGAAAGAAGCUGUCUACUUUUCAAAGAUGCUUCGUCACCCAGAAUGCUGAGCAAUCUCUGAGAGAUACGCAUUACGGCACUGGUGCAGUGCGCUCCUAACCCCAGCGCGUCUGUGUGAGCUUUUGGUUCGCGCGAGUGCCCUGUAUCACAGGGUAAUUCACGACUGCAGAGCUCCUCCCGUGCCCUAAUGCUAAAUAGCUCUGGCCACCUCCAUUACCAUUUCCCACGGUCCAGACUGGGAAAGAAUCGGCUCCAAUCCAAACCUGUCAACUUGUGGCUAACGCAUGUGUGACUGCUUGGGGGAAGCGUGAACAAAUGCCCACUUACCCGACAGGUCGCCGGGCACAGAGCAUGGAAACCAUCCGUCUAAGUCUAGAUUAAUGAACCAGUGGGUUCGUCAGAGUUGCCUGCAGGAGUGUCUUGGGAGGUUAGUUUCAAGAGCCCCUGGUGACUGCAUCAUGGAGAAGCCCACCCCUCGUGGUGACAGUUAAGACAGCUGACUCCUAGAGCGCUGUGCUGCCGCCAGGACCUCUCCCAGCGGCUGCUUCUGCUUCUACAGCCACGGCUCACACAGCGACGCUUAAAAAAUGAGCCUGCUGAAGGAGGCGAGGAGGGCUGCCGGCCACAGGCAGGACGGACAGGAGGGGUUGGCAGGAGACGGGGUAGGAGGGAGAGCUGGGAGGGGAAGGCCUCAGGUGGAGUCCAUCUCCCUGUUGUGGGAAUCCAGCAAGGCAGCCUGGCAUCAUGGCACUCAUGUGUGAGCAGCUCUUUCCCCACUACUCACCAGCACCAUUCACCACUCCUCGUGGAUGACUCAAGGUCUUUAAAUUCUGUUCUCAGUGAAUGAUGACCCCACUCCCCUCCUCCCAGCCCCUGCACACCCCCACUCCCCUCCUCCCAGCCCCUGUGCACCCCCAUUCCCCUCCCCAGCCCCGAUGAGUGUGAAUACUCUAGGAACUUCAAAUAAGAGACACCACACGCUAUUUCUCACUUUAUGACUGGCUCCCUUCAUGAGCCACGCGGCGUCCUCCAGGUUCAUCGGUGAGAUCCGGUUUUUGUUCUAUCGUUACCACUGGCCUGCCCUGCUCUUCUUUUAGACAUUUUCCCACCUCAAAAGUACAGCGACAAUGCGGCCACUCCUGAUGAGAUCUGAUAGACUAAGAUCAGAAGGAAGGAGAGGAGGACCUCCCUAUCAGUGGACUUGAGGAGGGGCAUGCGUGAAGAAGAGGGAGGGAGAGUGGUAUGGGAGGGGAGGAGGGAUGGGUUUAUGGGGGAUACAAAGUGAAUAAAGUGUAAUUAAUAAAAAUU